AUGGCUUGCUUGCAAGGCCUCCAAGCCGUUGUCGAUGAUCACUUCCCUCUUGGGUUGUCAUGGGUCGCUAAUGGUCCGAAGGCUCCCGUUCCUCCGAAAUUGACGCCACCGAUCCUUAUGUGCGACCAGCAAAGAGACACUUCCUUCAACACUUCCUCUUCUCCAAAGAGACUAAUAAAGAAAGCGCCGGAUAACCUCCCAGUCCAAGAUGGAUGCAUUUGCGCCACGUUCCCGUUUUGGAAUUCCUCAUGUGAAUAUCGGUGCGUGGCUAUCCAUUUAAACUCGCGGGCGACCGCAAGUUACUCUUGCAAUGAUACCCGUCCUUCCCUACCCCAUUGGAGCGAAGAGUACUCCGGGGUUCCCACCGAUGUCGCAUGCUUUCAUUCUUGCUACUCUUUGUGCGAAACAAGCUCCGAAUCGACGCUAUCACUUCACACGUCUCCAGUCCGCCUCGUUUGCUUACCCAUAUUUCAACACCUUGAUCACGCCAUCAGACAUGCUCUUCAACGCGCCACUUUUCAUCACCUGGUGUUCUGUAUUUAUAUUAUACUAUUUUAUUGUAUGAAAAUGUACAUUUUAUUUUUCAUGACAAUCGAAGGUGAUCGGAGUAUUGAUUAAAGACUAGAACUAUAGUAAAAAUCUUGAUGACCCGAUCGAAUAAGCGUUAUUCCUAAAGUGGCCACAAGCGCAGUUAGAGCAAUUAAAUCCGAUUUCUUUGCAAGUCUUUUGGUCUGCUGCGCUAUUGUUUGGGAAACCACUUGCUAGGCUCAAAUUCAAACUCGAUUGUUGGAUUGCUUCACACUUAAUAACCGACUAACCCAUACUCCUGGUGGAAACAAAGAAAACGCUAUGAAGGAGCUGCCGUUAAAAAUAUAUCAAAAAGGACAAUCAGAGUAAUGAAAAUGAAUAGUAAAGCGCUUUGGAGUGAGAAAUCACUUGAGCAGAUCGUCGUCAACCACGUUUACACACAUCGGAUCCAGUUGGCGCAGGAAGGAAGCCAAAUCGUCCGCUGACGAGACUGGGUGAGUAGCCUGAAUGGAAGAAAAGAGCAAGGAAACCCGCUUCGUCACCGAAAUGAUAGCCAUAAAUCAGUGCGUUCACGAAUACUGAUUAGUGUAUUGUGUGAGCAAGUAAAUACCGUAUGUUACCGAAGAGUUUUGGACAACUUUUUGUUCUGUAGAGGGGGUAUCGGCUUAUACAAGGGUCAUCCGUGGUUUAAAAAAGUCAUAUGCAAAAUCCACCAAAGAUUUCACUGCAUACCUCUGCUUUUAUCUCCCAUUAGCACCACCGGGUAGUGACGGACGGUAUUCCAGACAGGUAUUUUAAGUGCCUAUAACUGGACACGAUACUAUUGUGUCGAACAUUAUCGGUGUAUUUCACAUAUGGCGUUUGCGACGACAUUAGACAUUGUGUUAUGCCAAGCGAUCCGAUGCCUUAAAAGUACAACGUCUUCCCACACAACUUAACGUGAACUUUGCUUUCACCCACUGCUCUACUGUGGUUCAUAUGCAAGAGGCCCCCGACAAUGCGAAGCGGCCUGUCUGACACCCUCUCACCUUACCAUGUGAAUCGACGUCUGGUCAAUACAUUAUCCGGUGCGGUGUAAGUCUGUUCUAACGGCCCUACACCCCAUUAACCGCGAUUAUAACACAUUACGGUCACCACAACCGACCAAUAGUAGAGCAAGUUUCACUUGAACUCACUCAAGUGAGAGCAAGGAGUGAUGACGUCGAAAUGGUGGAGAAACAGUUUCGUUUCACUUUUGCUGAUUGUUUAGGUGUUGGCUUACGAAUUUGGACAAGUUCGAUGUUACAAAAUCAUACAGUCGGCUUAUCUAUGGACGGACUUAUAUUCGAUAAUAUAAG